AUGGAGCUGGAUGUGCAACGUGCCAAGGAACUUAUCGAGCAGAAGCUGGCAGAGGAGGAGGAGCAGAAGAGACUCAAAGGGGAUGGUGCACGGGAGCCACCGGCUGUGGAACGGAUGAGCACACCUGAGCUGGAGGAGGAGAAACGCCGUGGUCCCAGGAACUGGGGCCUUGAGGCCAUCAAGGGCCAGGAGAGGGUGCGGAAGAGUUCAGUGGAUCUGCGGCGGGAGAUCAUCGACGUGGGGAGCAUCCAACGGCUCAUCGAGCUCCGCAAGCAGCGCCGGCAGCGCCAGGCAGAGCGGGCAGCCACCCCCGACCCCCCACCUGAGUCCCUGGAGAUUGAGGGUCCCGUGGACCCAGAGACCUUCCUGCGAGCCGCUGUCCAGGGCAAGAUGUACAUCAUUGAGAAGUUUCUGGCAGAUGGUGGCCCUCCUGACACAUGUGAUGAGUUCCACCGCACGGCCCUGCACCGCUCCUCGCUGGAGGGACACAUGGACAUCCUGCAGAAGCUGCUGGACAGCGGUGCCACCGUUGACUUCAGGGACCGGCUGGACUGCACUGCUGUGCACUGGGCCUGCCGGGGCGGGCAGCUGGACGUCGUCAAGCUGCUGCAGGAUCGUGGGGCAGACCUUAAUGUGAAGGACAAGCUGCUCAGCACGCCCCUCCACGUGGCCACCCGAACCGGGCACCCUGACAUCGUGGAGCACCUCAUCCACAGCGGGGUGGACAUCAAUGCUGCGGACAGGGAGGGUGACACAGCACUGCAUGAUGCCACACGGCUCAGCCGCUACAAAAUCAUCAAAAUAUUGAUCAUGCAUGGGGCUGACAUGAUGGCCAAGAACCAGGAUGACAAGACCCCAAUGGACCUGGUGCAGCAGUGGCGGGGGCCACGGCAGGCACUGGAGACCAAGGAGCAGCCACAGGGGGAGAUGGAGGUCCCUGCAUGA